UUGUGUUCACCGGGUGGCAGAAUGUUUGGUAAAAAAUAUACGUUGCCGCUGAGUCGAGCUUUCAGUUCUUCCAUGCUUUUAAUAAUCCAACAUACACAUGUCUGUGUGUUUAUUUUUGGCGGUGUACGCUUUUUUUUGCUUUCUGGUUUGCUAUCGUCGGUAUCGAUAAUUUCGGUGCACUCCAGAUUGAUGACGAUUCUGCUGAUACCUAUGUUUUUUGUGUUUUCAAUGUGUACUUUGCCUCUGACAAACGUGUCACCCUCCUUGUUUGUGAGUAUUUUUGAAGUGGUAUUGGUCAGUGUAACGUCGACUGUGAACAUGGUGAGUUGAAUAUUCAAAUAAAAUAUAUAUGUAAAACAGUUUAAUGAAUAUAACAAAAAGUGUAAUUUAAUUUAAAGCAAAAACAAGCAAGAAAGGAAAAUAUGGAGCCGCUCAAUGAACGUUCCC